GCAUUGCGCCUGGGAGGUUUAUAUCUCCAUGCAUGCUGGAGUCUGUGUUGUGCCUGGGAGGUUUACACAGUAGCACUGUGCAUACUGGAGUCGGUGUUGUGCCUGGGAGGUUUAGCAACAUGCAUGCUGGAGUCUAUGGAAAGUAUGUCUUUUACUGUCUUUUCUGUAUUGUGGGGUGGUUUCCAUGCCAGCUCAUGUGCUGUGCAUGCCUGGUACUGUGUAUUUUGCAUUGUGGGGUGGUUUCCAUGCCAGCUCAUGUGCUGGUCAUGCCUGCUACUGCGUGUUCUGCAUUGUGAGGUGGUUUCCAUGUCAGCUCAUGUGCUGUGCAUGCCUGCUACUGCGUGUUCUGCAUUGUGGGGUGGUUUCAAUGCCAGCUCAUGUGCUGUGCAUGCCUGCUACUGCGUGUUCUGCAUUGUGGGGUGGUUU